ACAAGUGAAGUCCCGGUCACAUCAGGGCCGUACUACCAGCAUCGUUGCCUGAUCGGAUUACGUUGUAGAUAGACAUCAAAUGGGAGGAGAGUGGCAGAGGAGGAGCGCGCGUGCCUCGUUUGCAGCGACACAUCGUGCCGCGUCGUUUCCCCUUCCUCUUCAAUGUUUCCCCUUUUUCUGGGUCCUUGUUCCUAUUCUUUCUCCUCCCGGUUAUUUUUGAUCCCUACAUGUACCCUUGACUGCCUGCCGCCUGCGCUGCCGUUGUUUGUCACUUGGGGGGCACUGGGGCUUUCCCAUAAUCAUUUGACAACCCCAGAAAGGGCAAGGGCAAGGGCAAGGGGAAGGGGACGGGGACGGUCUCAGAUAGUCUCAAAGACAUUGGACGCCCCAAGGCUUGGUAUCUCGCGCUUCGACGAGAGGCCGAGAAUCCCUGAUGCUGGUCCUUUCGAGCCCCAUGCGCGCCGUUCACGGACACAUCCACCCGGAGCACGGUCCCGGACGGGGGAAGAUUGAGUGCGACCUGACCUCCACUACCAGUCAAGGGGGGGUAGACCCCUGGACCGAGGUGGGCGGGAACCCCUUUCACUCUCCAGAAUGCUUACAAAUUAAAUUGACCCAGCGCCUUGACGAGAGGCGGGCUCUCGGCACAGC